UACCACCAAUAUGUUAGAUAAUGAAAAGUUUAAUUGGAAACAAGAAUCUCGCAAAACAAAGAGGUUGGUUUGCAUGCAUUUAUUCAAUGAGGGGAUAAUGAAGAGGGCUAUGAUUCUUAUAUAUAUAUAUAUGCAGAAACAGAUGAGUUGGAAAUUAUAGAAAAUUUGCAUGUAGAAAAAGGAUGAAAUGGAAAUGGCUAAUUUAGAUGAUAAAGAAGAAAAAUGGAUAAAGCAUUACAGUAGCAGGCAUGAGAUUCUGCUGGUGGGUGAGGGUGAUUUCUCCUUUGCUGCAUGCUUAGCCAGAUCGUUUGGCUCUGCUGCCAACAUGGUGGCUACUUCUCUAGAUUCAAAAGAGAUGUUGAAGCGAAAGUACUCAGGAGCAAUGACAAACUUGGAAGAACUAAAGGAGCUUGGAUGCACAAUUAUUCAUGGAGUAGAUGCCAACACCAUGAGCCGACAUGCUCUCCUGAAAUCAAAAUUAUUCGACCAGAUAGUCUUCAACUUUCCUCAUGCCGGUUUCCUGUAUCGAGAACAAGAUAUUUUCCAAAUUAAGCUGCACCAAAAUCUGGUUCAGGGCUUCCUGAGGAAUGCAAGUGACAUGCUGACAGAUAGAGGAGAAGUUCACAUUACUCACAAAACUGCUCAUCCAUUCGGUGAGUGGAAAGUUGAGAAGCUUGCAAAAGAAGUUGGGUUAGGAUUGUUCAGGGAAGAAUCAUUUUGGCUAUGGGAUUAUCCAGGAUAUGGAAACAAGAGGGGAGACGGAGAUAGAUGUGAUUACAGCUUUUCUGUUGGACAAUGCAGUACUUUCAAGUUUCGGAAACCUUCUGGUCUUGCAGAUCAGUUUUCAGGAAUGCGAAUCAGCACAGAGCUGAAGAUAACAUACAAGAUUGCUAGAAUUGAUAUGCUUUCUUUGUUAUUAAUGAUGCAGCAAAAGAUAGUGAUCAAGGUGCAUAUUCACUGUGAGAAAUGUCGAACCACGGCUUUGAAGAUAGCUGCUACGACUCAUGGUGUCAAUGAGGUAGCAAUACAAGGGAAAGAAAAAGAUGAACUGGUGGUGAUUGGAGAUGAAGUUGAUUCAGUUAAGUUGGCUCGCUGUCUUAGAAAGAAGCUUCGGACUGCUACCAUACUGAGCGUCAAAGAGAAGAAAAAGGAAAAGAAAGAGGAGAAAAAAGAUGAGAAACAAGAUGAAAAAAUUCCAAGUUAUUAUGAUCACUAUCCAAUAUAUAUAAUAUCUGAAGUGGCUUAUGAUCCAUGCCAACCAACUUGUUCCAUCUUGUGAUAGAAUUCUAGUAUCUCAGACUUAUAUUUGCCUCUUAUGAUUUUGCCUAGGCUGUGUAAAGGGCAUCAUGAAUUGAGCGUUGUUGAUGAUGUGAUCCAUUCCUGAAGACUUUCUACAACUGAUUAGAAUUCUGUCAUAUCAAUGCAACCUUGAAAACUUCAUGUUUA